AUGAGCCGGCUGGGUGGAGGUGGGGAGCUAUUGCGCAGCCGCGCCCGGAGCCCAGGUGUGUUAGAAGGGGCGGAGAGAGCCAGCGGCCCGGGCGGGCGGGGGAGCACCCGCUUGGGACAGCCGAAGAAAAAGAAGAGAAGGUUCGGGGGUCGUGGUCGCUGGCAACACCGAGAAGCUGCCAUGUCUUCCAGCGGGGCGCCCGCUACUUCUGCCGCUGUCAGCAUUCUGUCCACCUCUACAGCCAAGACUAAGACGAAGAAGAAGCACUUCGUGCAGCAGAAAGUGAAGGUGUUCCGGGCCAGCCACCCGCUCGUCAGUGUCUUCAUGUGGGGAGUCAAUCACUCGGUCAAUGAGCUCAGUCAUGUUCCUGUUCCCGUGAUGCUUUUACCAGAUGAUUUUAAGGCGAACUCCAAAAUUAAGGUCACUAAUCACCUCUUUAACAGGGAGAAUUUACCUAGUCACUUCAAGUUUAAAGAGUACUGUCCACAAGUUUUCCGAAAUCUCCGAGAGCGUUUUGUAAUAGAUGACAUUGACUAUCAGCUCUCUCUGACACGUAGUUCCCCAUACACUGAAAAUGAAGCUCAUGAUGGACGGUUUCUUCUGUCUUAUGACAAGACUUUGGCAGUGAAGGAGAUCUCCAGUGAAGAUGUGGCCAAUAUGCACAGUAUCCUUUCUGACUACCAUCAACAUAUUGUGAAAUGCCAUGGUAGCACACUCUUGCCUCAGUUUUUGGGGAUGUAUCGUUUGAGCGUAGACAAUGAAGAUUUUUACAUGCUAGUAAUGAGAAAUAUGUUCAGCCAUCGCCUCACCGUUCACAGGAAGUAUGAUCUUAAGGGAUCCUUGGUUUCUCGAGAGGCUAGUGAUAAAGAGAAGAUUAAGGAACUUCCAACUUUGAAGGACAUGGAUUUUCGAAACAUGAGCCAGAAGGUGUACAUUGAUGAGGAACAAAAGAAAGCCUUCAUGGAGAAGCUGAAGCGGGAUGUUGAGUUUCUGGUGCAGUUAAGAAUCAUGGAUUAUAGUCUCUUGCUGGGAAUUCAUGAUGUCCUCCGAGCAGAGCAAGAAGAGGAAGAGGAGAUCGAGGAGGAGGAUGCUGAAAAUGAGGGAACAGUUCAUGCAACUGUUGGUUCCUAUGGGACUUCUCCUGAAGGAAUAGCUGGCUUCCUGAACUCCCAAAGACCUCUAGGCCCUGGAGAAUUUGAGCCAAUGAUUGAUGUUUAUGCCAUCAAAAGCUCAGAAUGUGCUCCACAGAAAGAAGUCUAUUUCAUGGGACUCAUUGACAUUUUGACACAGUACGAUGCAAAGAAGAAAGCCGCUCAUGCAGCCAAAACUGUAAAGCAUGGGGCUGGUGCUGAGAUUUCUACUGUGCACCCAGAUCAGUAUGGAAAACGAUUCCUGGAGUUUGUCACCAAAAUAUUUGCGUAAAAUGUCAACCCUCACUUUUUUCCCCAUGGAUUCAUUGGUCUGACUAAAUUGAACAAGAAAACCUCCUCUGAAUGCCGACCUUACUUCAUGUGGUGUCCUGGACUUUAUUACAGCACUUGGAGGCAAAAUAAACCAAACCAUGGGUGCUAGAGUUAGAGCAAUAAAAAAGUUUAUUGACCAUCUAAAGGGGAAAAAUAUCUGUUUCCAGUGGUAC